AUGGACCAACCGCCACCAGCUGAAACACCCGAAAGAGGGGAUCCUGGACCAUCACAUGGCAAGUCACCACCUCAAUGUACCGCCCCACCACCGCCGACCCUUAUCCCCGGUGACCUCAAGAAAGCUCCUAUUAAAAGACGAUGUACAGACCCAGACUCAUAUCACGACUAUGAUGAUGACAAGACCUCUACUUAUUCCGUUCAAGAUGCUAUUUUACAUUCCAAUGAAGACGAGUCUCCAGAAGAUCCCAUGCAAGUUCUGGAAGCCGAUGAAGAUAAUCGGCCCUUUACCCCAGUCCACUACAAGAAAAACCGCCCUGCGGGCAUUCCAGUGGUUUUCAAACCCAACAGUUCCAAUGCAUCCUUGUGGAGGGUGAAUCCUAACGAAGUGGCCAAAGAGAUCAUUGAUGUUGCACAGGAGAAGCUACUCUCACAUAGGAUGAACAAAGACGGAAGCCUUUUCACUGCGGAAUAUACGGCACUGCUGUACGCGACUGGAGUCACGGCCCUGGCGUCCUUCCUGCUACUUUUCUGGUACCAACACGAAGGCGGCAGACCCAGCAAGGUGAAGCUGCCUCCGGGACCCCGAGGCCUUCCACUAUUGGGGAACGUGACGGUGAGCAGCUACGACUUCCACUACCGGAAAUGCACCGAGUGGGCCCAGAAGUACGGACCCAUUUUCAGGUUCUGCAUUGGCAAAGUUAACGUGGUCGUGCUGAACGACUUCGCCUCGAUAAAGAAAUACCUUUCUAUGGAAGCGACCUUGAUCCGUUCCCAGCGGUCCAUUUUCGAGGGAGUGACUAUGGGCAUGACGACCCUCAGCGGUCCUGCUUGGGUGGAGAACAGACGGUUCUGUCUUCGAGUACUCAAGGAUCUGGGCUUCGGAAAGAAAUCGAUGGAGGAGCAUAUUAAGGAGGAACUACGAUACUUGAUCGCCAGGCUUGUGGACGCUAAAGGAUCACCCGUACCAAUCCGAGAACACCUCAUACCGAGCACGUCCAACGUCAUCACAGCCCUUCUCUUUGGGACCACCUACAGUUUCGACGACCCCAAGCGCAAGUACCUGGACAAGCUCCUCGCGCGACUCUUCAAGAUAAUAAUGUCCGGCUCCGCGGUCGAUUUCCAACCUUACUGGCUUCGGAAGGUCGCCGCCAGGAUUCCGUACACGAGAAGCUACGCCCUGAGAAAGGCAUCGCUAGAUCUGCAUGCGUUUAUCAGGGAACGUGUCAAAGAACACCAAGAGACGAUUGAUCCCAACUUUCAUCGCGACUUCAUCGACGGCUACCUCAACAAGGUCACAGAACACCAAGACAACCCAAACUCCCACUUCCGAGAAGCCUACAUCCUGGGCAACGCCAUCGACUUCUUCGUGGCUGGGACGGGCACCGUCGCGGCCAGCAUUCAGUGGCACCUGUUCAACUGCGCCAAGAACCCGGACACGGUGCAGGCAGUCAUCCAGCGGGAGAUCGACGGCGUCAUUGGCCGAGAGAGGGAACCCGCCUGGGAAGACCGCUCGCAAAUGCACUUCACCAUGGCCUGCAUUUGGGAGAUGCUUCGAUGGAGAACGGUCGUCCCGCUUGGGUUGCCCCGGGGAACGCGGGAAGACACCUUCUUCGACGACUACUUCAUACCCAAGGACACUGUGGUCCUGGCCAAUCUCUUGGCGGUCCACAGGGAUCCCGAGCUUUGGGAACGCCCCGAUGAAUUUGAUCCGACCAGGUUCUUGAAAAAAGACGGCACCGGACUCGUGAAGAAACCGGAACAUCUAAUAGCGUUUUCCGUUGGCAAAAGGAUGUGCCCAGCGGAAGCUCUGACCACCGUCGAAAUCUUCUUGUACCUGACCACGUUUCUGCAGAAGUUCCGCGUUUUGCCCGCUGAAGGUCAACAGCUGCCGAACCUGAGUUCCCCGGCCUUAACGGUGGCUCACCCGUCUUUACAGAGGUUGCGUUUCUUACCUCGCUAG